AUGGGAGACCUUUGGCUGUUCCUGCUCCUGCCUCUGUCCUUGGCAGCCUUCCAUGGAGUCAAGGGCUGCUUGGAAUGUGACCCCAGAUUUAUAAAGGAUAUUAAGUCAUUGUUGGCAAAGUUGGUAUCCUCGGAAGUCCCUGGCCGAACUCAACUGCUUCACAGGCAGAUUAAAGAGAUGACCAAUUUAAGCUUCAAGGUCUCCCACGGGAACAAGAUGCUUAGGCUGUUGGCUGUUCAAAGGGUUGUCUAUUUGAGAACAUGGCUGAAGAAUGAACUUUAUAAAAUGAGCAAUAAAACAUGGAAAGGUGUCUUUAUCCUUCAAGGCAAGCUUCUUGAUGUUCGCCAAAACCUGGAAUCCAAACUGAAAGAAGCAUUAAAGCACUUCUCUAAAGCUGCUUGUUCUGAAGAUUGCGUCCUGAAUGAAGGUCCUGUCCUGGAUUGUUGGAACUGUCAUCGCAUCACCACUCACUGCUUCAAAGGAGAGUAUUGUGGAGAAGAGGAUUCAAGGAAGCAUGAGAAUCGAGAAAUUGGGCUAUUUUUGAUAUUGAUAACAGAAGCUGUAAUAUUGGGAAGUGCUUUGUUACUACUCUAUGUUUGUGUCACUCAUCAGAGAAAAAUGAAGGCAAUACGAAAGUCACUAGAGAAUUAUUUGGAGAAGAAACUUGAAGAAUUAAUGGGGAAGACAGAUAAGAAGAACAAGCAAGAUUUUGGAAUCAGAGAAUAA